AACUAGAUUACUACGGACUAGCUGAAGUUGAUGGCAAGUGCUUCCGGGUAACAAUGGCUGCUUCCUGAUUGUCAACAAAUGAAGCGUAUCUCGUAACUUCAGCGCAUAGUUGUCUAUUUUAAUCUAAAGAAAAUGCCGCUGGUAGUGAUGUGUGGGUUUCCUUGUAGCGGUAAGAGCCGCAGAACACAAGAAUUAAAGGAAUACAUACUGAAGAAUACGGACAGGAAAGUCUAUGUCGUGGGAGACGAGACUGUGGGAAUUGAACAAAACUCUGUGUAUGCAGAUUCCCAGAAAGAGAAAAACCUAAGGGGAGAAUUACGAGCUGAAGUUGAAAGGAAAGUUAACAAAGAUGAUGUUGUAAUUCUAGAUUCACUCAACUACAUUAAAGGUUACAGAUACGAACUUUUUUGUCUUAUCAAACACGCCCAGACUCCACACUGUCUGAUUUAUUGCUUGACAUCACCAGACGUUAGCUCUACGUGGAACAACAACAGAGCAUGUGAAAAGCAGUACACCCAACAAAUUUUAGAUGCCCUUGUUAUGAGGUUUGAAACACCGGACUCACGGAACAGAUGGGACAGCCCCCUGUUUACCAUACAGAAAGAAGAUACACUACCUUUUGAAGCAAUCUCUGAUGCUAUCUUCCACAGAAAAGCACCCCCGCCUAACCAGUCUACACAAAGCCAACCUCUUUCAUCUUCAAACUUUUUGUACGAAUUGGACAAAGUUACCCAGGAUGUGGUGACGGCUGUAUUAAAUGCCCAAAAGACAAGCGUCCCUGGAGAUCUUAUAGCUGUACCCGAAGCCUCUGAGAAAAUCAAGCUGACCAGAAGCCUGAACAUGGCAGAGCUACGAAAACUGCGGCGCCAGUUUAUCAGCUACACCAAGAUGCAUCCCACAGAAAAUAUUGGAAAAAUAGCCAACAUGUUUGUACAAUAUUUAAACAAGAGUAUACAUUAAGGCUUUUUGUUUUGUUAUUCUUAACAGGGAUUGUUGUAGUUUGCGAUGUGGACAGGAUCUUUUUUUUUUUUUUUUUU